AUGCACAAAAUUCUGCUCAGCUUCAUACCCACAGCGCUCAACGAUCUCAUAAAGAAAAAUCACGUCAUUGAUCGUGAGGUUCCCCCGAUGAGUCUGAAUAUGGCCUGCCCAAGUUCCGCUCAUCCAAGCAGACAGUUUGCCUUGGCAAGGACCCAGCUUGCCUUCACGGCAUCGCACCACUCCGCGGCAAAUGGACAGUCAGAGCGGACCAAUCAGAUAUUCACCUACGCCCUCCGCUGCGCUCUUGGGGGGAGAUACGACCAGUCCACAUGGGAAGAACUUCUGCCAUAUGUCCAGCUAUGUUGGGACACGCAACACGUGACCCACAAACACCAAACCCUAUUGUAUCUAGACUCUCCCUCUCCUCCUGAGAAGAAUAGACCAAACGUACCCAUCAACUGUAGCCAUACAAAGUCUAAACAUGACCUGCCCGAGUUCCGCUCAUCAAACAAGACUUGGAUGACUAGUGACACAGUGUUCGCCGAAAACACUUGGUCCAGCACUACAACACGUUUCCGGCACUAUAUUUACAAGACUGCCGAGAACCACCUCUCGUAUACCUCGACAGAAGAAGACACCUACAAAGUAUUCGAGCACGAGGUCGAUAAAAUCACCUACUAUGCACACUUGAUCGCCCCCGAGAGUGCCAGCGCCAUCCCAUCCCCCGCCCGGGCCAGAGCCAGCAACCUGGAGGCCGAAGUUGCACCGGGAGGGGACCUGAGGGACUGGGCGCAACACAGAGCGGACCUCAGGUCAGAAGCUGCAGACGCGGUCAAGCUGGCACAAGCCAGAAUGAAGCUCUAUUACGACAAAGACCACUCACCGCUAAAGUUCGGGGACCGAGCUUACCUGCGGUUAAGUAAGAAGAGUGAGAGGGGAUAUCACCUUCAGAACCAGACUAAGCUGUCGUUCAUAGAAGCAGGUCUGUUUGAUAUCGUCUUUGCCUAUAGACCCCUGGCACUUGAGUUACGCCUGCCUGACUAG